AUGCAGUUCGCCAACAUCUUCAUUACCGCCAUUGCCAUGCUCACCACCUCGGCUGUGGCAUGCAAAUGCUUCGUCAACGGCAACCAGGACAACGCCAGAACCGAAUCUUGCUGCGGUCAGCUCAGCGGUAUCUUUAACAAUGGAGACGACUGCGCUGCCAGCUCUAUCUCUGAGCAUCUCUCCAACUUCCGCAGCUGCUGCGGUGGUCAGUCCGACUGCGACUAUCCCCUCGUCGGCGACGUUAAGGAAUCCGACCACAUCAAGACUAUUGUCGCUAUCUAA